AUGACCAAUAUUACUCUCAAUUGUUUUAUCAUUCCUACUGGUUCGUUUAGUGGUAUUUCACCUCGUAGUGCUAGUUUUGAAAUUACGAUUCUCAGGAGUACUGAUGUUGCCGUGCUUCAAACUCAAAUUCAGAAUUACAUAAAUCAGUUACCGUCUCCAUUUAAUGAUGUUGAUAUUUUUCUUCGUGCAUAUCAUCCAGGGCCAGAUAAAUUCGCUGGAGAUUUGGAUCCGUGGCUUGUGGAACAAUAUAAUAAUAAAAAUAGAUUUUGUUUCGUGUCUACAUUUCUUGCAAAAAUGUCUAUACCUGCUCUCCUGGAUUUUUAUCGCGACAAUAUAAUUGACGAUUGGACGUGUCCUAAUGUAGUAGAUUUUUAUCGUACGAAAGUAAAAAAAAAGAAAUUGAAAGAAUUGAUCGAUCUUAUACAUAAAGAUCUUCGAGAAGUGGCAAAUUCUGAUCCUGGAUUUGACGUGACAAGAAAAAAAAAAGCUCGAGAAAUACUUGAUAACUGGAAGAGCUGGACUGCAUCAGUAAAGAACUUUAAAAAAGAUCUCGAACAAGUUAAAAUCGAUCGUCUGCAGAUAAACCAGCUUUCGACCGGAGAUGGCACAACAUACAACAAUUGUCACAUAAUUUCAGAACUUCCCAAGUAUAAUGACGCGAGUCGUACAGAUUCGGAAGAUAAAAUAUUAGAAAAACCUACUAAAAAUGAUGGCGCAAAUAAAAAUGCGGACAUAUUGGAGGGGGAAUGUUCUACGAGAAAACUCAGAGAUACUAUAUCUAUUGAUUACAAUCACAAUUUGAGUGAAACUUAUUUUUCUGAUUCAGAUCAUGAGUCAGAUAAAAGAAAGCAGAGCGAAUUGGAUGAUGAAAGUGAUUAUGAAGCAAGUAAUAGCCCUACUUCCUCCGAUUCAAAUAAUCAGCAAAAAAAG